UUUAACUUGUUUUCAUGCAGUCAUGUCAGUUCAGGACCUCUUUGUCUCUGCAGCUCGUAACUCUCUGCGUUCUGGUAGAAAGUGUCUCUCCGCUGCUCAGAGUCUGGACCUUGCUGCUCAGGUCUCGGCUGUUGAUCUGGGGCUGAAGCCCGCUCUCCUGUACGACAGCAACGCUGCCUGUGCUCAGCAGCUCCAGCAGUAUCUGAGCUCCCUGCGGUCUCUCCAGCUCAUAUCUGAAUCCCUCCUCACACUGGAUUUAAACGGAAACAGCCUUAUUAUCAACACACACACCCUCAGGUUGAAUUUAGAGCAGAUGAUUUGCGAUGGUGGCCCUGCUGUUGUAGAUGUCUCCCCAUCCUUGGAGAAGCCCACCAUCUUUGAUGCACAGACAAGACAGCUGAAAGGCAUGAUGGGAGAUUUGUUGCUCCUUCUGGAGGAGUUUCAGCGUCUCAAUGAGGUUGAUAAACCUCUUUAUGUUGAGGAGAAAUGUGAGGAUUGGAAUCUGUGCACCAUGUUUGGUCUUAUACUGGGUUACCCAGUCACCUACUGGUUCGAUCAGGCCAAGAGCUUUGAAAACUGUCUGUCCAUGACGCCACUGGCGGUGGUUACAGCAUCAGCAACAUGGCAGGCAGACGGCAUCGCCCACAGAUUCUGUCUGUAUUCGUUCAGCGUCCCUGCUGCACUGCAGGAGGAGACUCGGUUCGAGCUGGAGAACUGGAAGUUCAGGCUGCAGGAGAGAUUUGAGCAGCAAGGCAUCAUAAAGGACCUCAGUAUCAGUCAGUCCACAGUCACUCUUCCCUCCAUCUGUCUGUGAAUCAAUAACAAGAUUAUGUUUAAAAUAAAAUGCUCUGGAAUUAGA